CGCUCCGCCUCCCCGGGGAAGGGCGUCGUCAUGGCGGCGGCGGGCCGGCUGUGGCCGGCGGCGCGGCGGAGCUGAGGAUGAUCUCGCGAUACACUCGGAAGCCGGUGCCCCCCGGCGCUCUGGAGACACAUGGACUUCCAAAACAUGCCUUGCGGCACCAUCCACUGCCAGAAGCACGGGCCGAAGUGUGCCCAGCUGCACCCACGGCUCAAAAGUACAGCCACAUCUCAAGGAAGUCUGAAAUCAGGAAGGAAUCUAAUUACCCUUCUGAUACUCCAUCUGAUCAUGAGGGUUCAUGGUCUGCUGGUCAGAGUUACACUGACAUCUCCACUGAAGACAGCUCAGCCUUCUCUUGGGGCUAUGAUGAGUUUGAUAAAGCUGCCACACAACAAGUUCAGCAAAUGUUCAGACAAAUUGAUGAGCUUCUCUACGAGCAGAAAGAAAGCGUGUAUGUUAAGGGACUGCGGGAAGAAUGCCACCAGUGGACAGCCAACUUCCCUCAUCUCAGGGUUGUGGGGAAGCAGAUAGUGAUCCCCACUGAUGAAGGAUAUGGAUGGUAUUCAAGUUCACCUUCUGGCAGUUUAGGUUCCUCAGAUGUAACUUCACCACAAGAAAAAGAUCCUAAUGAAUUUAGUGUUUUUGGCAAGAAGGUACCUCUUUCUGUUACUCCCGUUCACAAAAAGGCUGACGGUUCCAAGUCUCCAACCUUGUGUUCUCCAGAGAGCGAAGAAGGUGAAGAUGGAAUAAUUGUCUCUGAAGGUGUAAUGGAGGAGUAUUUAGCAUUUGACUGCAGAGAUGUGGAGGAGGAAUUGCAUGAGAGGAAAAUGGAACUGUCCUUGGGUAGACGGAAACUGGGGUUUCCUCCCAUCUCUCCGUAUUCCUGCACGAAGGAUUCUGUGCUCUCAUUUGUGUUUGAUGAUGUGUGGAGUGAAGUCUUAGGCUGCAUGGAAGAAUUAAUCUGUAGGCACUGGGAAGGGUCAGCCUCUGAUGAUGAGAAAAAUAUCAUAACAGUAGAAACAAUCAGAGCAGAUGCUGGAAGCCCUUUGCAGUUUGAUCCUCUGCCAGUGUUGUUACCUCCUGUGCCACAAAUUAAAAUGCCCUCAGUGACAUCAAAUCUGUGCCCAAAACCCAGAGGUGGCCGCAAAAGCAAAAAGAGGAGAAAAACACCUCAAGUAAAUCUCUCUCCAGGGUCAGGCAGUGUCUCUCAACGUAAUCUAAAUGGCUUGAUGGUGAUCCAUGGGAUCCAGUUACACCAAAGGAAUCUGCCCGCAGUGGAGAGAACACUGGACCUGGAUGACAAACGUCCAGGCUCCAGUUCCAUCCUGUCUACCAGAGUGUGGCCAAACUGUCCUCUAGAGCUGACCACCUCCUCCCUGCCCCAUUCUGCACGGAGGCGCAACCUGCCCCCCCGCAGCCUGCAUCCCAUUGCUGCCAGCCAUCCACGCACCGGGACCUCGGCCUCGGGGGACGAUGCCUUCCGAGGAACUCGAUUUCUGACUGCACGUGAGCAGCUGACCUCACCCUCCUCACUGCCACUAAGCCGAAAUAAUCUCCUACCGCCGAUUGCUCCCACCAGUGUGUUAGAGCACGUGAGCACUGCAGGAUCCCAGAGGCAAACGAAAUCUCGAGGGAACUCGAGUCGAGCUCCGAGUGUAACAACCCAGGAAGAGACCCACCAGCAGCUGCAGGGGCGGCUUUCCUUGCCAGCUCACUUCCCCAAGCCCAGCACCACCAACACCUUCUCGCCAGAUCCCCAGCACCGCCAUUCUUGCACCGUUAUUGAUUAUGGUCAUCAGUUUUGGACAAGAAGAGGAUCGACAGGUUCAGGUCUUCAGCUGCAUGGUUCUGUGAAAGCCCACAGUCGAAGUGGAUCAGUCACAAAAAGUAAACAGGGGUUCUGACAUGCCCUGAAGAAGUGUCCAUCUGCCUCCAGACAGUCAUGAGCCACCUCUCCUUCUCAGCAACAUCAACAUUGUUUACAGAGAGUGGUCCAACACCCCUCCUUACAAAUAGUUAUUUUUGUAUAAACCUAAGAAGCAGCUGCCAAAGAUUAGAAGGGGUGUACUUAAACAUUCCAUUUCCUACCAGUGGAAGGGUGAAUGUACUCCAGUGGACAGUAAAGCCCAACUCCUAGAAAGGCUAGCAGAUGCUCUCAGUCACUGCCCAUUUCCCAGUGCUGGCCUGUGACUGUUCAUGUCUUUAGGGACAAGUGCUGCAGACCCUGCCCCUGUUUCCGUUAGCUCUAUGAAGGAUUCAUCAGGCCUUCCACAGCAGUAGGAGGAAUUUAAAUUUUUAAAACUGUCUUAGUUUAAAGCAAAGUUAUGAGAUCAAAAGCAAGCACUGCUUCCACAGCUCAACUUAGACCAACUACAAAUCCUGUAGUAACUGUAUCAGCUAUUAACACAGUUGUAUAAAAUUAAGAUAGCAAACCAGAUGAAGAGAAUUGACAGCUUUAAGGGUGGCACACCACUGACUGGUCCUGUGGAACACACACCUCUUCCUCAGCAACUAAAGGUUUAAGAGGAGUCUCUUACUGCAAGUAGUUCUGGACGGUAUUCAAAGUACUUUAUCUUCCUGGUGAGAUAUUUUAGAGCAGUUGCACAGAAUAAGGCAAUCUCCCUUUCUAAAAACACCUGCAAUUAUGUAAGAUUUCUGCAUUCCACCAUGAAGCUCCACAGUGCACAGAAGCAACACAGCGUUUAGUAGAUGUGUUCUGUGCUGCACAACAGACCUACCCAAGGCAUUAGCUGUAGCUGCCCUUGUGGCUCCAAACAAAACAAAAACAUGAAAUACGAGCUUCUCAAAAUAAGUGAUUAGCUGAAGGUCUUGCUUCCAAGCAGCAAGUGCCAGAUGACAAGCGUAGAGACAAGGUGAGGAUAACCACUUACUGUAUUCUAAACAAGUGAGUAUGCUGCACAGCAACAGUUGUUCCCUUAUAAAACAGUUAAUGAGUACUUUUUUCUAAGUUUUCUUAUUAAUAUUUUCCAAACCACAAUUCAUAAUGGAAGAAGCUUGUCAGUAUUGUUUAUGAAGUGGCUCCCCUAUUUCCUCAUUCAAAGUUAUGGAAUCUAUCAAGUCUCAGUGGUACCUAAUAAUUUUCAGUCACUACUGAAGUUCAUCAGUCUAAGUGAUCCAAGUGAUAAUCAAUGAGAAAGGCAAAGAAAGCAUAACUGGGCAAAUAUAAUGGGGUUAACCUUCUUUUGCAUUUCUAGAAGAGAAAAGCAGCUCUGGGAUCAUUCUAGAUCUCUUUAAGUUUGCACAGAGAUAAUGCGAUGCUAAAGAGAGGUUUCUGUUCACUAAACCCUUUCAAAAUGCAAUUUGUCAGUGAAGACCACUGGACCAUUGUACAGUCUGUCAUUAGUUACCUCAGGCUCACUGGAGAUACGCAUCCUGUUUCUAUCAGUGCCAUUCCUCAGGGACCAAGUUAGCUUUCUGUAGCCCUAGUGCAUACAAGCUACAAAAACACACCAUAAUUCUAGUGACAUAAUGUAGUGUUUUAUAGCCUAGAGGAGUCAGGGUGAUAAAACAGUAAAAGCAGUCUCACUGCAACGUAAUUUUUAGUUUCUGUAAAACAGCUGACACCAGACAGAAAUCCUGGGCUGCUGGGUAUCUAUUGUGUAUAGUAAAGGUAACAUUCAAGUCCUGUGUUAUGCAGCAGUGAUAUGCUGUACUUUCUCAGAAUCAGCCAAGUAAAAGGGAACAGAGUGACCAUCUACCUCUCGCUUCCCCCCUAGGGAGCUCUAGUUUGUUCAUGAAUGUGAUCACUGAAGGAAUGAGGACCUUCAACUCAGAAGUAAAUGUUCACCUUGUGGCUCCAUAAGCCUUUCAGAAAUAUCAAAAAAAUAAAGCCAGUAUAGCUCAAAGGAAUGAGGCUAAGUUGAAAACUAGUUAGUGUUCAAAGUCAUACCCCUGUACAUGUUGUCAAGUGGUUUAAAAACAGCUUCCAAGUAUUUGCACAUCCUACAGAAGCAGUUCAGUUCUGAAAUAACAGAAAUGAUGGCAUACAAUGAAGUAGCUACUCACUACCAUCCUCCAGCAGACUUGACCACAAUGCUAUUGAAAUAACAUGCAACACAUUUCCAAGCUGUGGAACUCAUUGUCAUGGGACAUUGUAAGCCCCAGGAAUACAGAGGACAGGCUCUGUUCUGUGGACUUUUAUGUUUAUUACUACACCUCAGUGCACUGGAGAAUUUCUGCUAAGUCACACAAAUGCUGCAGCCUCAUAUUCUUCCUAAGGCAUCUGCCACAGCAAUCAGACUUAGCACUGGGUUCUCCUUCCAUCUAAUGUAGCAUCACCAGCACUGAUGCCACAGUUAACACCAUAGCCGUAAUUCCAGCUCCUACAGAGUGACAUAGGAUUUAUUUGACUUAAAUCAUUCAGAGCAGCCAACACCAUCAGUUUGUUUUGAACAGCUACUCAGAAAACAUAGAGAGGGCUGGGGAAGCAACACAGCAGAGCAUUCUAAGAAAUAUUUAUUAAAUAUGCAAUUUUCCAAAGUAUCUUUAUAAAACACCUGUUGAGCUGAAGUGCAAAAACCUUGAAAAACAGCCAAAGGUUUGUUACAAAACCAAUGUGUGCACAGCAAAAAGAGAAGGUGUCUGACUCAGAAACCCCAGGAGCCAGCACUGAAGACUCUCAGAGGUGAAGGGUGACACGGUUUCACCACCAGCUGGACUAGUAUCCAUUAAGUAUUUGGGGGGAAGGUGCUUCAGCACAAAUUUAAUAAACACACCACCAUCCCAAACAUCACACUGCUUCCUGACUGUAGCAGAGCUUUUAGUUAGGAAGCUGUUUGAUCUCAACUGAAGCCCUCCCCUCAAAGGCCUUGAAACAGCAGCACCAGAAUGCUUCAUCUUUCCCGCUGACGAUGCGUUCUGUAUCAAACCUCCCAGAGACAGCAAGUAGAUGCACACCUACUCCCAAACGGUAGCCCAGAGAAACUCUGACAUUCUCCCAAAAUCCACAUGUUCCCCUACAAAAUGAUACCUGAUGUUUUGGCCUAUUUCUUUCCUUUCUUGCCUGCAGUUGUCUUUGUUCCCUUUUUAGGAUUAUUCCCAUAUUUUUCUUCCAGUUUGGCAAAAAAGUCAUCCAUUUCCUUUUUUCGAUCUUGAUUUCUUCUCUGGGGGAGGGAAAGAAAACAAAAACCAACAAAGCCAAAACUUUUACCUCUUCCCAAUACAGAUUGUUCUAUUAAAGUUAGACAGCUACAUACAAUCUUUGAAUAUGCUAGAGAGGGAAUGAGUUACAGAAAGUGUAGUACCAUCAAGUAAAAGCCUGCUUGUGUACUCUCGCAUCUGUGCCUACCUUUGUGAAGCAUCAGCACAGAUGUAAAGAGGGACUAUAAAAAGUCACAACAUUAAGGCUAGGAAAAGCAAAGCAAUUUCUCAUUUAGACCCAUUGUUAAGCAUGAACAUUCUAGCAGGGCCAGUGAACAAUAAGAAAGAAAGAACAGGGCAUAAGCAAUACAUUUCUUUCCUCGAUCCCCAAGAUACAAAACAGUAGAACCUAUCAACUUCUACAUCCUUGUGGAAUCCCUCAGAAGAAUCAUUAACAAUUCCUAACAGUUCAAAACUAGAACUUCAAUGUUUUUAUUGUAUAUGCUAUAAGGAUAUCAGUAUAACUCUUCAUUUUUUAAGAGAUACAGGUAAUAAGAUCCAUACCAUACUCUGUCAUAGCUAGUCAAAAUUAACAUCAGGUUUUAAGAGUUGCAAGGAUCCAAAAUACAAAGACACUCAGGGAAAACACAAUUUUAAGCCAGUAAGAUAAUUAUCUUUAACAGGAAUAAAAAGCCUUACUUGAAUCAGCGCUUUCAAGUCAUCUUCUCCAUCAAGGCCCAGUUCAUUUUUAGCCUUUUCUGCCUCUUUGGCUUCUCUUUCUGCCUGAAAUAGCAAACUGGGUUUAAAAAAAGAGACAAAAUCUUACGGUACUUACCUUUUUUUUUUUUUUAGUCUGUGUACAGCUGUGAGGAAACAGUUUCCAAGUUUGACCACAGAUGAGAAGUCACUCAAAGAAAGCCAAUUACAAUUGGUUCCACAGUUUAGUACAGCAGGACAGUUUUUUGCUGUUUCAUAAUGCUGAGUGUGAUGUUUAUUCCCAUGUCUGUUCCCGCACCUCCCACACAGACUUUUUUUGUCUUAGCAGCUAUUACCUAGUUAUUUAAAGAAGAGUUACCAUGAUAUGCAUAUAAAAUAUUCUACAAAGCAAUAAGAAGAACCCAUAUUCGACAAGAGGUCCAUUUUGUCCGGAAUAUUAUUUCACCUUUGUCAAAAGGCAAGUGUAAUACAUUUCCACCAUGUACACUUCUUAACUCCAGCAACACAUAGCUUUGUAAAUAAAUGCAAGGACAUGCUAAACUGUAAUAAGCCAUUGUGUAUGAGAAUGAAAUAAAAGGAAGAAGUAAUAGGUUACAGCCUAUUACAACUCAAAAGCCUUUCACAAGAAUUUGAGGGGCUGGAGAAGACAGAUGGUUAAACACUAAAGUCAAAGAUACUGAGCAAGACCUCUAAACCAGCUCCUGGGGCAAACAUUUGUCCCAAGAACAGUUCCACUGACUUCCACCAAAAGAAAUUAAAAGCUUAUAA